AUGGGUGGUGAGGAUUUGAAUUUGAUGGAGAACGAAGGAGCGUGUCGCGGAAGGGAAGGGAAAGGGAGGAGGCUGUGGAAGAAGGUGAAGUACCAACUGGUGGAGUACCACUCCUUGCCCGGUUACUUGAGAGAUAAUGAGUACAUUCUCGGUCACUAUCGAUCUGAAUGGCCUAUGAAGCAGGUUCUUCUGAGUAUGUUCACCAUCCACAACGAAACUCUCAACGUUUGGACGCAUUUGAUCGGGUUCUUCAUAUUUCUGGCAUUGACGAUAUACACUGCCAUCAAAAUUCCAAAGGUUGUAGAUCUUAAUUCGCUACAGCAUUUUCCAGACAUCCUCAUGAAGACCGACCUGCACAAAUUACAAUCAGAACUCCUGACGUGUCUUCCUUCCAUGUCUGAUUUACACAGACUCAGAGAGGAAAUAUCAAAUUGGCAUAUUAAAGAAUAUCUUUAUAAUUGUUUGCCAGUAAGAUUUUCCAGUAGUAAUCAUACUGAUGUGUGUGUUCUGCAUAGCGUUAAAGAGGACCUGGCGAACAUAAUAGCUCCACUGAUGAUUAGACCAAUUACAAGGUGGCCUUUUUUCGCAUUUUUAGGGGUGCUAUGUUUUGCUUGCUAG